CUUUUAUAACUUCUGUGAUUUUUUGGAGUGAGAGUACGGACUCCUUCUCUCCCUUUGAUAUUGAAAGCAGCAAAUAUGACAGAACAUGCAAAGGAACAGAAGCAAUCAUCCAUUAUGUUAGAUUGUGUUUCAAAACAGCAGCCUUGUCAAUCUCCAUCUGUGCCAGACUGGUCUCUUCUCCCCCAAGAGCUACUUCACCUUAUCGCCAAGGAUCUGGAGGACGAGGAAUACUGUUUCGAUGUUGUCCAUGCUCGCUCUGUUUGCACCUCGUGGCGAUCCUCGUUUCCGUUUCCUUCUUGCCUCUUACGUCCAAGUUACUCUCUUCCCACGUUUUCAGAUGAAAGCAAAGUCUUGUGCACCGUCGAGAAGAUCCCUUUGUUUCUCUUUAGAGUCAAAACUCCUGCCGUGUCGCCUUCUGUGUUUUAUCUGGGAGAUUUAGGCCGAGAUAACUCUAGGGAUCAUAUGGAGCUUCCAUCUCCGCUUCAGUGUUCGGUAAGAAUGCAGUUACCAGGAUCUGAUCCAACCUUGAUGAACAUGCUAGACUGCCAGAUCAUCUCUUUGGGCCAUCAGUACAGAGUGAUCGGUUGGGAUCCUGAAUCAUGGACAUCACCUUACCGAGGCGUGGCUCUUCUUCCCUUAAACAAAGAGGGAGGAGGAGAAGACUUCGUUGUGAUCCUUAACUUCACUAAUGAUUUGGUGGUGUUUAGAAGUGAGGAAACAAGGUGGGUGCGGCUUGGGAAAAUCACAGAUACUUCAUGUCAGAAGGUAUUGACUUUUAGAGGCAGAUUUUAUGCAGCCUAUCUUAACGGAGACAUUUUUGUUAUCGAUCCUUAUUCUCUGGAAGCGACUCUCAUGAAUCCCGCAGAUCAUUUUAGCUCAAUAAAUUAUCUGGUUCAAUCUGGCAAUGAUGAACUUUUCCUGGUUGAGGCAACCAUCCCACAGGCUGAAGUAGUAGAGGUUAGCCGGUUAACAUGCAGAGUGAGUAGUUUAGAUGAGGAUGCUGGUGAAUGGGACGUGGUCAGCGAUUUUGAAGACCGCGUAUUGUUUAUUGGAGAGCAAGGGAAUGUUACUUGUUCGGCUAAGGAGCUUCCUGAUGGUUGUGGUGUGAGUGGGAACUCAAUGUUGUUUACUGACUGGCCAGGUGAUGCAAUAUACUUUUAUAAAUAUGGUGUGCCUACAGAAUACGCGGAAGAUGACCUCAAUUUUUGGAGAUUAUCAAGAGAGUAUCGUGUGAAGAUUCUUAACAAAUCUCCUCCUGUGGUGGCUUUUCGUGUUGAGCACUAAGCCGUAAGAUCUUACUUGGAAUACCUGGCUAAGAUAUAUGUUGGUUCUGUUUCUAAAUCUUACUUUGGAUACCUAAGACAUAUGUUGGUUCUGUUUCCUAAAUCUUACUUUGGAUACCUAAGACAUAUGUUGGUUCUGUUUCUUUUAGGUAAAGACUGUAAUACAUUCGUGUCAGUUUUAAAUUUCUUUUGCCAAUUGAAAACACAGUCGUGUCGUGUCUCGUGUGUA